AUGGCGGCGGCGGCGGCGGCGGCGCGGAGCCGGUGCUGGGCGGCGCUGGGCCGGGCGCGGGCCUCCUCCUCCUCUUCCGCCUCCUCCUUCUCCUGCCUGCGCUGGGGCCUGCGGAGCCCGGCCUGGACGGCCCUCGGGGCGAGGCCGGAGCUACUGCCCCCGCGGCGCUGCCUCUCCUCCCGGAAUCGCCCUGAGGGCAAAGUCUUGGAGACGGUGGGGGUCUUUGAAGUGCCAAAGCAACAUGGCAAAUACGAGACUGGGCAGUUGUUUCUCCACAGUAUAUUCGGAUACCGGGGGAUUGUCCUCUUUCCUUGGCAAGCCAGGUUGUACGACCGAGACGUCGCUUCUGCUGUGCCUGAAAAGAGCGAGUCUGGAGCUGCACAUGGAUCCAAAGAAGUGAAAGGCAAGACACACACCUACUAUCAGGUGCUGAUCGACGCUCGUGACUGCCCACAUAUAUCUCAGAGAUCCCAAACAGAAGCCGUGACGUUUUUGGCCAACCACGACGACAGCCGAGCCCUCUAUGCAAUCCCAGGGCUGGACUACGUGAGCCACGAGGACAUCCUGCCCUACACCUCCACGGACCAGGUGCCCAUCCAGCACGAGCUCUUCGAGCGCUUCCUCAUGUACGAUCAGACAAAAGCUCCCCCGUUCGUGGCAAGGGACACGCUCUGCGCCUGGCAGGAGAAGAACCACCCGUGGCUGGAGCUCUCCGACGUGCACCGGGAGACCACCGAGAACAUCCGGGUGACGGUCAUCCCCUUCUACAUGGGCAUGCGGGAAGCGCAGAACUCUCACGUCUACUGGUGGCGCUACUGCAUCCGCCUGGAAAACCUCAACAAUGAAGUUGUGCAGCUCCGUGAACGGCACUGGAGGAUAUUCAGCUUGUCCGGCACCCUGGAGACCGUCCGUGGCCGGGGAGUUGUGGGGCGAGAGCCCGUCUUGUCCAAAGAGCAGCCGGCCUUCCAGUACAGCAGCCACGUCUCCUUGCAGGCGUCCAGUGGGCACAUGUGGGGCACCUUCCGUUUUGAGCGGCCCGACGGCUCCCAUUUCGAUGUGCGGAUCCCCCCCUUCUCCCUGGAAAGCAAUAAGGAUGAGAAGACGCCCCCUUCUGGCCUCCACUGGUAGAGCGGCCUUAGGAAGCCAGCCCCCCU